UCGUCCGUCACGGCGAGUCCUGGCAAGUCCUGGAGCCGAGUGCGCGCCUCCCAAUUCGCACCGCGAAUCCUUCCCACAUUUAUUUUUUAACAGAGGAAUUAUGAUUCAAGUGUCGUCCUCCUCAUCCUGAGUCUAACUAUGAGUGACCCAACGCUGAGAACUCUCGCCAAUCGUUUCGCCGUCGCCUCCUUCCUCGCAAUGGUUUGCUUGGUGGAGUGCAGACCGCCCUCGGGGGGCCUUUCACAAGAAUGGAUCAUCGAUCAUAUCAACCACAGGAGAUCCGCUGCGACCCUGCCAAUCGGGAGCCAAACACAUCCAAAAUCUCUUCACAGAACAGACGAAGUCCCAGACACGCUCCCAAGGGUUCUCAACCACCCUAGACGAUCGUCUCCCCCCGAAAGGACCAAUGGUUCAAUUUUUCCAGCUAGUCAGAGGGACAGACCUUUGCACGGAAGCUUCAGUGGUUCUCAGUCGCGGCGGGACGACAUAAUUUUCCCGACGGAGUCGAGCAGUUGGACGACGACGCUGGGAACGAGCACCCGCUUCGGCGUCGCUUCCUUCGCUCCCGACCCGAAGAUGUUCAAGUCCUGCGCUGACGGCGACACCUUCUGCGAGGACUUCGACGCCUACCCUACACAGCAAGUAGAGGAUCUGGUUGCGAAUAGCAUUGAUAAGUACCAAGCGUUCUUUGGGAAAGACAAAGUGAUAGAGCCAUCGUUGAUGCAUAAGAUUGACGAUCUGAGUGAAGCGCAGCUAUGCGUAUCUGUGGAAUCGACUGUUUUCCCGAAAGUGGCUCAAAAUGAGAAACAUAAGCCGCUGUUCAUUGUGAAUCAUCCAUCAGUACCCGAAUCACAGCAAGGAGUCAGAGUGGAAAAGUGCCAUAAGACGGGGCUAUGCCAGUUCUCGGAGCACUUCCCGAUCGGAUACCGGGCGAUGUGCAAGCAGAAGUACAUCUACCGGCGGCUCCUGGCGCUGAACCCGGAGAACGGCGAGCCGUACCCAGACUCCUUCCUCCUUCCGUCCUGCUGCGUCUGCGCCGUCAAGAUGGACGCCUCGCCGGCCGAGCGCAUGGGCUUCCCGCUCAAGCCCAACACGACGCCCGUCCAGCGCAACGCCGGCGCCGCUGGGGUCGCCCCCGACGCCCACGACGACGCCCAGUCGGACGCCCCCGACGAUGCCCAAUCCGACGCCCCCAUGGAGCCUCUGAGCACGCGCAUCGGUGACCCGGACGGGGAAGUGAGCCCCCCUAAAAACGCUACCAAGAAGGGCGCCUCCAGGGUCGUCUUCGGCAAGGAAAUCCUCGAGCCCCUCCCUUUGGCCAUUCACGAUGAUCAGGAAUAAGCUUAGUAAUCCCUUCGAAUUCCUCGUCCUCUUCAUCACU